AAGCAAGAUUGAAAGCAAUAGUUGGACUUGCCAACAAGGAAGUGAAAAGAAGAUUCAGCCUUCUGAAACUUAUGAAGAACAAGAGCUCGCACCAAUAGAAUUAGAUAGAACAGAACUUAAGAAUAAUAGACAGAAAGGUUUAUUAAGAACAAAUAAAGACAAAACGUUAACAAGGGAACAAAAGCAAACCUACAAAAAGAAUGAUCAAUGCUUU